GAGGGAGCGGGGGAGCGGAGCUCCGCGGCUUCAGACUGCGCUCCUCCGUCUGCUGGAUGGAGUCCGUCGGUGUCCAGGCUGCGAUGGCGACGGGAGACGCGUCGAAUAAAGCGUCGGCUCGGAACGCGGCCGUGGAGCGCAAGAACCUCAUCACCGUCUGCCGAUUUUCGGUGAAGACGCUGUUGGAGAAAUACACGGCCGAGCCCAUCGAUGACUCGUCAGAGGAGUUCAUCAACUUUGCGGCCAUCUUGGAGCACAUCCUCAGUCACCGCUUCAAAGGUUCAGGUAGUUGGUUCGACGGCCAGCGGAGCUUUUGGGACUUCAUCCGUGUGGCCUGUGGGAAAAUCCCGAACAGCUGCAUCAGCAGCAUCGAGGACAUGGAGAACAUCAGCAGCUCCAGAGCCAAGGGUCGGGCCUGGAUCAGAGUAGCCCUGAUGGAGAAGAGGCUGUCUGAGUACAUCGCCACCGCCCUCAGGGACAGCAGGAUGACCAGGCGGUUUUACGGAGAGGGAGCCAUCAUGUUGAGGGAGGAGGCUGCUGUUCUGACGGGGAUGCUGAUCGGUCUCGGAGCCAUAGACUUCAGUUUCUGCUUGAAAGGAGAAGCUUUGGAUGGGAAGUCUUCUGCUGUCAUCGACUACACGCCAUACCUGAAAUUCACACAGAGCUACGACUACCUUAGUGAUGAGGACGACAGGCGGAGCGUGGACAGCAGCACCAGCGAUGACAGCGUCCCCGAACACCCGUACGUUCCCUUGGUAACCGACGAGGAGAGCUGGAGCACCAAGUGCCGCAAGAUGGAGCAGAGGUUCAAGAUUGUAUACGCUCAGAAGGGUUACCUUGAGGAGCUGGUGCGUCUCCGCGAGUCCCAGCUGAAGAACACCGAGGUGGAGAACAAGCGUCUGAGCCGGCUGGAGGAGACGCAGAGCCAGAGCCGGCAGGAGAAGAGGGAGUUGGAGGCCGUCGUCCUCGAGCUGCAGGAGCAGCUGUGAACAAGCCUGAUUCCGUGUGACUCCGCCCACUUGGCCAAAAACCUCUCCAUCCCCCUUGUCAACCAGUGGCAGACGCCGCAUAAGUACAACAACCAGGAGGACGUGAAGCUGUUCCGCAGGUCUGACUUCCCCAGUACUGAGCUGCUGUCAGUAGAAGAAGUUGACUCCGCUCAGAGGACAGAAACCAAACAGAAUGGAGUGUGGAGCAGAACAGAUAAGGACUACACCCCCUCCAAUGGCCUGUGUGGCUCCUGGCCUCUCUCCCCAGCUGCAAGUCCCUGGCCAGCCUCAAAAUCCAGCGAAUGUCUGGUCAACUUCAGCACAGAGAACAGCCCUGCCCCUCUCUCCCAGCUAGGGGGCGCCAAAGGUCUCCCCCACCCCCCCAAUACAGACACUUGAGACAAUGUGACGGGGAUCACAAAAAGAGCAGGCAAUGGUGUCAGGAGGACAUGCAGUGUCUUUUCCCUUAAGAGUCCAUUUUCCACUUCCUGCUCCGAGCAUUGUGCACUCUGCAACUGCAGAGCGACCAUUCUGCAAAGACUCUGGCUCUGUGGUUGAGUCAACCUCUCGCUCUCUCUCUCGCUCUCUCUCUCUCUCUCUCUCUCUCUCUCUCUCUCUCUCUCUCUCUCUCUCUCUCUCUCUCUCUCUCUCUCUCUCUGUCUGUCUGUGCUUAUGUCACUCUCUCUGUUGGCUUCUCUUUCUAUGUCUCCCUCUCUCUGCCUCUAUCUAUUUGUAUCUAUCUUUUUUCCUACCUCGAUUGAUUUCUCUCUCUUCCUUUCCCUUUAUCUCUUUCUCGCUCACUCUCUCUGUCUCUCUCUGUCUCUCUCUCUCUCUCUCUCUCUCUCUCUCUCUGAUAGCUGCAGUACUGCCCACGUUUUCCUCCAGUCUUACCGUCCUGCAACAUGUUUUGACGCAGUUAAACUCCUGCACUACGAACUCCAAGUCAAAGGUUCAACCUAUCGUUUCUGUUUGAUAAUGGUCAUGUAUGUGAACGUGUCCCGCUGACCCAAAACAUUUCAGCUCCCCGGCGGGUUUUCUCUGUAUGUGCCGGUCUGUUUGCCUUGUCAGUCUGUCUUGUUUCCGUCUCACUCGGCCACUCUGUGCUCAGCGGACCAACUGUCAUGUUUCUUAGAAGGAGAGGAAAAUCAUUUCUUUAUUUGUUUGCACUUUUGACCGUGAGGCCGGUUAACCGGUUGGACCAUAUGCUAGUAUGGUUAUGAAGAUUAAUGAAGGCUCAUACCCCACAAUGACGGAAAGUUUGGCCCACAUUCAAUCAAAGAUUAGAUCCAGAUUUACAGGAUUUGGCACAAAAGUCAUCUUGGUCUACACGUGUGCCCAGAAGCAGAAGAAAAUCCAUGCAACUGUUAUUGCAUAUAAAUACAGCGGUGAAUUGUGACUAUGCAGAAUGAAGGUUUGCGGUAGCUCCUUCCGCCAGCCUGGCUUGGCCGAGUAGUUUUGCUUUAGGGAAAGAGGUGAAGUGGUGAAUGUGCUACUUUAUUCCCUUUUUACGUACCUUCAUGUACACUGCGGCGGCGUGCAGCGUAGCAAGCAGGCGACGUGUUGUUUAAAACUGCAAUAAAAUGGCCUUUGUUUUUGAAGAAAUAAAAUGUCAGCGAGA